AUGGGUGCCACACCUCUUGCAAUAGGGGGCGUGCUCUUAGUGGGCCUCCAGGAGGUCUCUGAGGAAGAUGCAAAGGCCACGUUCAAGAAGCUCUGCGCCAGCUUUCGCAUCAGUGAAAAUGUGGGGGACUGGCUGGUUGAGACAGUGGGCUUGCGAACUCUUGAAGACUAUUCGGCCUUCAUUACGUCUGAAGCAGAAAUUGAGGCGAAGAUCACAUCUAAGAUCGCCAACCUUGCGCAGUCUGGGUUGCAAGCAGCCCGGCUUCGCCAGGCAUGGUUGGCCAUACGCGUGGCCGGCACACAGGCACAGGAGGCGAAGAAGCGCGGUGACGAGUCUCUGGACUUGGAAGCUUUGUUGCCGUUGCAUGACCUCAAGCAGCUAGAUGCCUUAUUUCACCAGAGGUACAAGUUGCAGCUGGAGGUUCAGGUAGCUCCGUCCGAUGCCCUAGUGUCUAGCCUGGCCAAGCAGCUGGAUAGGCGCAUGUUGCAGGUCCAAUCUGUUUUCAAGGUGAAGACACUUCGGCACAGUUUGUUGACUACUCGCAAGAGACGCAAGCUUGGGUCCAUUGAGAUUGUGGACGCCGAAGAGGCCAUCGACGAACCCAUCUCAGAGAAUGUGAGCAAUUAUUUGGAACUUUUGCAAGUUUUGCUGUAUGGAUUGGCGAAGGCAGGAGUGAGGCCGCUCGAGAAGCAGCCCGCGGAGCCGGAGGGCCCCAACACCCGGUCCACUGCGUAUGUGCAAGUGCCGCUGGAUGUCGUGUUGCGAUACCAUCGUAGAGCAGCAAGGUGUGUCAAGUUGGCGCCCCCCAGCGCGGCUUUGACGUGGCUGCAGCAGCGAGAUGAGCGUGAGAGGCAGCUGUGGGUUGAGAGGUUCCGUUUCAGCAACCUUCCCCUAGGACAAAUCAUUGAGCAGACGAUGCUGGAGCUUGAUCAUGCUUGGGAGAUAGUGCCGAGCGACGACUUAUCUGCGACAUCAGCAAAUGAGAAGUCAGAGAAGACGCCGAAGUCACCCAGCAAGAUUGGCAAGCUCGCAGCAAAGCUCAAAGAUGGCACGCGUCUGUGCUCAGACUGGAACCAGGGUGGCUGCGCUGAGAGAUGCCUGCUCAUACAUCAUCAAAGAAAAUGGCAGGGUCUGUGGAAUGCGAAGUCACCGAGCAUGCAAUCACAAGUCCAAGUCGGCCUCGCGUUUGCGAGUGGGCAGCCUGAGCCUCACCUUUUCCUGGCCAGCGGGUCUGUGUCGAGGGACAUGGCUGCAGCAGAGGGACAGGUGCGGGUCUCGGUGUCGCCGAGACGCGCUUCUUCCAUCAGGAGCCACGAGGGAAGUGCUAAGGCACCAGCAAUACCUGCCGCUAUGUCCUACACCCUUAGCCAGCAUCACAUCAAUCAAUUCGUCCGCAAUUUGUUUCCGCAUGAGUGGUUGCAUGGUUUUGCAUUGCCGUGCUUAGAGGACUUGCUCAAUCAGAGCCCAUUUCUGUUGUGGAGGACCUGGGCAGAGGGGCGUGAGGGCAAUCCAGAUGUGCAUUAUGCUGCGAGUGUAGGGGCGCAUGGGGUUGCGCUGGGCCUGCAAACCAGAGUGGGUCAAGCCAAAGGGGCCAUGCCUAGUAUGCUGCCUGUUUGUGGUGCAGCUCCUGAGAUGUUCGAGGCGUGCAAAACCAUUGCAGGUUCGGGGUCGCUGCCAUUCGAUGAUACCAGCAUUGAUGACGACUUGCAAUUUGCUGUUGAGUGGACAGUCAGAAACAUGACGUGCCUACGUAGCAGCAGAAAUGAGUUCGGCAAGGCUUUCAUGGAAUUGAUAAAGCGGUGCGUCCCGCUCACUAGGCGUUUGCGCCAGUUUCAGCCUCGUCACGCGAGGUCAUUACCUAGUGUCCAACUAGGGGUCCUGCCGUAUUUACUGCUCAUCAUGCAGUGGAAAGAUACCCAGCUCGCGCAAGAUAUGGUGACUGGUUUUAGUCUGCUGGGGGAGUUACCACUCACGGGGGUCUUUCAACCCGUGCAGGAGGGCGAUCCUGCGCUUACCAGAGAGCAACUCUGGGGUCAAGCGCUGGAGGUCCGCGAGUGGUUUCAGGCCCAGCCCUUGGAUGAACAUGCUGACUUUGUUUGGGAGAGUUGCGCGCAAGAAAUUCAGAAUGGCUGGGCUUGUGGCUUCUUGCGCAAAGAGGAAGUGGACUCCACAUUUCCGGAGGGCUGGGCUGGAGUUCCUACGUUUGCUCACGUGCAGCCAUCUGGCAAGUUGCGUCGUAUUGACAAUGCCAGGAGGGGUUUGCAAAACUCGGCCUUGAGAUAUGUGGAACGGAUGCGUAUGUGCACAGCUUUUCAGCCAGCUGCGGUUGCCAAGGCAGUUGCGGCAGAAGCGCUGCAACAAGGCGUCUCCAGGCACACUUUGAGCGAGCAUUCGCUAGAGUCAGGAGGCGAGGAUAUAUCGGACGCGUAUCGUAUGCUCCCCGUUCAGCUGCAGGAUUUGCCAGCUAAUGUGGUUAUGGUAAAAAAUCCUACAUCUGGGGAGGUACAAUUCGUCAUUAUGAGUGCGCUCCUUUUUGGGUUCAGUGCAAGCGUCAUGCAAUUUGCAAGAUGGAGUCGUUUUUUGGAAGCAAUGACUCGCAGAGUUCUAUGCUUGAUGUGGGCUCUGUAUGUGGACGAUUCCAACGUAGUUGAUUUUGCUAUUGGCAAAGGCUCUGCGCAGUGGCUUGGCAGGCAGAUGCUGCUGGCUUUGGGAGUCCCUUUGGCUGAGCACAAGCGUUUGUUGAUGUCACCCUCAAGUAUUUUUUUGGGAAUGCAGCAUGACCUCGGGAGGGCCUUAUCCCAGGGGACUUGUCUUUUCACUGCCAAAGACUCUGUAAGGGACAAGCUGCGGACGUUGAUUGGCGCAUGCAAGAAGCAAACCACGCCAGCUCAGGCUAGCAAGAUUAGGGGCGUGGCUGGGUUUACUGCUCUAGCCAUGUACGGCCGGAUUGGGCGGGUGGCCAUGGGACCGUUGAAACAGCGACAGUACACAGACCAUUUUCCCUGGAACAAUUCGCUGUCUUUGGACUAUGCGUUUGAGUUUUUGCUAUUUUUGCUCGACAUAUUGAUUCCGCGAGAAGUCCACAUCAUGCCUCGAUAUGAUAAGGUUCUUCUGGUGGCAACUGAUGCGCAAGCUGAUUCAGCGCCAACUGUGGAGGGGCUAUCAUUUGGGAUGAAGAUAACUCGUGGUGCGGUUUCACAAGGUUCGCGCGCCUCUUGCGUGCUUGGGGAUAUGAGGCUGAGGCAUCUUGCAUUGCUGUGUGCGAGGGAGCCAUGGUCCCCAUCACGUUGUUAG